AACGUCUCGAGUCAGCGUAUUUCCCUCUCUGGGAUUUGAGUCCAACCCCCGCUUUAGCGCAGGGCAGAGCGAGGAAGUGGGCGGAGUCCGGUUUUGGCGCCAGCGCUGCUGCAGCGAAGCAGAAACGCCGCCGCGGAGAAGAUCCCGGUCGCUGUCGGCGUCCUCCUUCCCGUUCCCUUCCCUCGGGGGACCACCAGGCGCCACCCCGCGAACUUAAAAGCUCUUCAAGUCUGCAAUAAAAAUGGCCUCCAAUAAAACUACAUUGCAAAAAAUGGGAAAGAAACAGAAUGGGAAGAGUAAAAAAGUUGAAGAGGCAGAGCCUGAAGAAUUUGUAGUGGAAAAAGUAUUGGAUCGAAGAGUGGUGAAUGGGAAGGUGGAGUAUUUCCUGAAGUGGAAGGGAUUCACAGAUGCUGACAAUACUUGGGAACCUGAAGAAAAUUUAGAUUGUCCAGAGUUAAUUGAAGCAUUUCUUAAUUCUCAAAAAGCUGGUAAAGAAAAAGAUGGUACAAAAAGAAAGUCUUUAUCUGACAGUGAAUCUGAUGAUAGCAAAUCAAAGAAGAAAAGAGAUGCCGCUGAUAAACCAAGAGGCUUUGCCAGAGGUCUUGAUCCUGAACGAAUAAUUGGUGCCACAGACAGCAGUGGAGAAUUAAUGUUUCUCAUGAAAUGGAAAGAUUCAGAUGAGGCAGAUUUGGUGCUGGCAAAAGAGGCAAAUAUGAAGUGUCCUCAAAUUGUAAUUGCUUUUUACGAAGAGAGACUAACUUGGCAUUCUUGUCCAGAAGAUGAAGCCCAAUAAUUGUUUGCAUUGCUUUUUAUAUAUAUUUAUAUAUAUAAAAACCUGGGUCUUGGAUUUUUUGAUUUAUUAGCGUGAAGAAAUAACUACAUUCUAAUAAAAAUCAAGUUUGAUAUGUUUGUUUUAAAGUAGUACUGGGGGCGUUGUUGUGGGGGGUUGCAUCUAUAGCACUGGUUGCUUUGGAACAGAAGCUUUCUGUAGUUGCUUCCUUUAUCAGAAAACAUUUGAUACCAUGGUAUAUUCUUUUCUCUGCAUUAGAGAACAGCUUUUCUAAAUGUUGGGGUCAACUUCCAUUGUUGUUAGUCAGAAUUUUUGUUUAAGUCAUAUAUACUUAAGGAUCAUUGUGGGUUUUUUGUUUAUUUGGUGGGAGAUGGUUGGUGUGUAUACAUAUGUAAAUGGUUUUCUUUUUCUUUCUUUUUUUUUUUUUUUUAAACCAACAGAAAAACAGCAUUUCACAACCAUAGAUAAGCUUAUGCUUCUGGGCUGCCGUCAUUUUCAGCAAUCUAAGAAAUAAAUCAUUUCAAGUUAAAUUGAAAUUUUUCCUGAAGCUUUAACCUUUGAAAUUAAAUAGAUAAUUUGUAAUUAAUUGGGCAACUUAAAUAUAAUGUAAGCAGUUUAAAUUGGACAAUUUAAAAGCAGCCAUAUCAGAAUCCGUGGCCAUAUCUACAAUUAUAAAGGCAAGUUUAUUUGCAAAACCCCUGAAAGGAAAAUUUUAUCACUACCAACAACUUCCUCUCCCAAAUGAGAAAACUUAGGCAAACCCUGGUAUAUUUUAAUUAGGCAGGCAAGACUUAUUUAAAGGUUUCACUUAGCAAGCCAUUCUUUUACAAAAGUUAACAUUCUUGUGUUAUAUUGACUGAAAGGUUAUGAUCAUGGAAUGUGUAAGACUAUUCAUGGAAGCCUAAUCAGAUCAUUAGAAACCUUGGCAAUUUAAACCUGCUGAAAUGAACGGUGAACAAACUUUUGUAAUCUAAAGUCUUGACCUGCAUGUUGUAUUCCAGCUCAUUCCUUACAUGUAGGCUCAGUCUCAGUAUUUGGGUUACUGGUUCAGUAGAAGCCAGGAAAAACAAUGACUUUGUAGUAAACAGAAUGUUAUCCAACUGUAUAUUGUUUACUUUAUUGUAAAUACUGGUAAACAGUGGUCAAUAAAUAGUUUUAUAUUGCUUUA